AUGAUGACAACCUUGAGCGGUUACGGUUAUUAUGUUAUGAUGGUGUUGAGUGGAGGAAGACGUGGGUGGAUUCUAUUGAGGAGGGAUUCAAGUGGGGAGGUUGAUGUAGUUGACGAUGAUGACGUGGUAGUCGAGAAGAGUGCGGAUGGCGUCCAUGAAUUCGUCGAUGUUCUCGACGGAGAAGCCGACGCGAAGUUUCGCGCCGACUUCGACGACCACGUUGGAUUUGGCUGGGGGACGAGGGGAGAGACUGCCGAGGGAACUGAAAAUGGGAGGGAUGAGUUGCCGGUUAUUGGUUGGGUUAUUGGAUUCAAGUCUUGA